AUGCAGUUUGAUUGGCUGUUGCGCGGUGGUGCGCGGGCGGAGAGGGAGGCACGGGACCUUUCGUUCCUGCAGCACUACCAGCGCCCUGCUCGCGGGUCCACGCGCAUGAAGGUCGCCUCCCCCUUUCUGGCAUCCCCUUUCACACAACAACAACAGCAGCCGCGUGUCACGUGUGGUCGCACAUGCACGCCGCACACGCGCCACCAACUCAAGGACAAGAUUGCCCUCUUCACAGAGAUGCUUCGAGACCCAUCUGUUGAGCAGCUGCCUGACAAGGGAGAGAAGCUGCAUCGCAAGCUGGCAAAGUACAGAGCCGAGCUGGCCAAGUUGGACAAGCAGGCCAACCAACAGAGUCAGGGUGGCAAUGUGCCACCAGCGUCACACACCACAGGUCAGCUCGAGUCGUUUGCGUCCCUGGCAUCGGCGGCUGUGACCAUCAAGGAGUCCACGGCACCACGCCGCACUACCACUAACAACACAGCAAGCAGCAACAGGAGCGGUCCAGCCUGGCGGCAGCGGCAGCGCAACACCAACAACAAUGAGGAGGAGGAUCAUGUCAUGGAUGAAGAGGAUGUGGACUCUGAUGACUAUGACGACGACGACGACAGCAACAACAACAACAACAACAACAACAACACCAACAACAACACCAACAACAACACCAACAUCAACAGCGGUGGCGUUGGUGAUGAAGAAGCCAGCGUUGCACGGCGCGCACAGCAACCGGCAAACAGAACCGAGGCACCACCAGCUGGCAAGGAGGGUGAAGCGAGUGAGCACAGGAGAUCUCACGCGGGCGGCGACACGGACGUGCUGCUGGAUACAGAGCAGGUGCUGCAGAUGAGCGACGAUGCAUUGGAGGAGCUGCUCGUCUCGCGCAUGUGUGGGCUGCGGAUGCAAGGUGGCGAUGACGGCCGUGAUGGCAGUGAUGGCAGUGAUGGUGUUGGUGUUGGUGGUGGCAGCCAUGGUGACAACAGCGGUACGCAACAACAGGGGGAAAAGGCAAGGACCGUGGCGGUUGAUGGUGGACAGACACAGGCUGACAAUGGUGUGGAUGGGACCUCCAGCACGCGCGCUGCGGGUGUAGUUGUUCGGGAGCGUGAUAUCCGCCACCGCCCUGUAAGUGAGGGGCAGCGCGGCCGUACGAAGGAGCUCUCUCUCGUGCAGCUCACGCGGUUGCAGGCACAGGUUGAGCUCGACAGGCGGGAGGCGCGACUCCAGGCCAUGCUGCAGGAGUAA